AGCUCCCGGCGGCCCGUCCUCCGCGGCGCGAGACCCGGAGUCCGGCUCGCUCUUCCCUGGCGCGUCCGGGCAUUCCUCUCGCCGCCUUCCUGCUCGGCCCGCAGCUCGGCGAUCCCCGGCCCCCUUCUUCAUGGCGUCGCUCCUGUGCUGUGGGCCCAAGCUGGCCGCCUGCGGCAUCGUCCUCAGCGCCUGGGGAGUGAUCAUGUUGAUAAUGCUCGGAAUUUUUUUCAAUGUCCAUUCCGCUGUGCUGAUCGAGGACGUUCCUUUCACCGAGAAAGAUUUUGAGAAAGACCCUCAGAAAAUAUAUGACCUUUACGAGCGAGUCAGCUACAACUGUUUCAUCGCCGCGGGCCUUUACCUCCUCCUCGGAGGCUUCUCUUUCUGCCAAGUUCGGCUCAACAAGCGCAAGGAAUACAUGGUGCGCUAGGCACGGUCGCGUCUCGCCUGUCCAGCUCCCGACUCUAUUUAAGGACUCUCUCCACCCGCCCCCAUGCCGACGCCCUCCGUGGGAUCCCGUUUCCCUGCGGCGAGACUGAACCCCUGGUCCUCCGGUCUCCGGCCCCCGCGGAGGGAGGCCGGGGCUGGCCGUCCCCCGUCCGCCCACAAUAAAGCGAAGCUGCCCUCCUGA